UGCCGCUUUUUAAAAAUAAGCAGUUAGUUAUCUCACUCACCGUUUUGUCACAACAUCAUACUUUCCCUGACACAUCAGGGAGACAUGAGAACAGUGUAAGGGAACAUGAAAUCACAGUGACUUCAGUUUUCCUGAUGAUCUGAGUCUGCUGCUUAUUUACUAUGUGAUCUCACCUUCAGAAGAGUGCUGCUGCAAUAACAACACAUGAUCAGGCUCAGAGGAGCAGAGUUGGGACCAAUGCUUGGGAUUUGCCCUCAGUGCAGUCUGAUUUUCACUUGGUACUGGGCAGCAGCCUCUUAAAAUUCAUUUCUAGUUGCAGCAUCUCAAAUUCAAAUCUCCACAAGUCACUGGUGACAUUAAAAAAUCUCGUCCUUUUUGCAAAACAACCUUAUGUUUUAAUGUCCCUCUACCUGAUGAAGUAAUUUGGAUUCUCCUUGUGAGUCUUAAAUCCAGAUACAAUGUUUAAGACAGCAAAAACAUUAGAACAAAACGGUUUCCUUUCUUUUGUUCAAAUGCUGCUUGUGGUUUUGAAGACAAAAAUAACCAAAUUAUUUUGGUGUGCUCUAAAUACAUAAACAAACAAAACCUACCCAGAUGUGAUGGUGUUUCCCCACCUUAGGCAGGACUGACGAUAGUAUCUUCUUUUCACAAGGUCAGUAACUGUCACCAAUGAGAUGGAGUUCUGUGGCAGAACCCUCUGCCUGCUGCAAAACAAGUACCCACAGGACUUCUCCUAGCCAGAUGUGGCUCUUUGGUGGGUACAGGUACCCCAUCCUCGUGGUGAGGCACUGGCUUAGGAUCCCCCAGCCUCACCCCACUCCAGCUGCAGCCAUGGGAGGAAAUGGCCAUGAAGUGGAGGAAGCAGAAGUACCUCUCUGUGCUGCUCCUCCCCUCCACUGCGGAGCCUCACAGCUCUCCUGGGCGCAGCAUGCACCAGGCUGAAAGUGUUGCUGCCUCGAAAGCUCUUCACUGGUUUUUACAUGCCAAAUCCACAUGCUGCCUUGCUGCGGACCAUGGCAUCUACUCUGGAGAAGUUCAUUAAUUCUGUGGACCCCAGGACUCUUCCCAGGGUCCUCCAAAUCCAGUCAGGAAUCUAUCUCCAAGGUUCCAUCUAUGAAAUGUUUGGACAUGAAUGCUGCCUGUCAACAGGAGAAGUCAUUAAAGUUAUUGGCUUCAAAAUUAAGAAGCUUAUAGCAAGUAUCUGUGAGAAUAACAAAGUCAGCCAGUUUUCAGCCAGAGUGGAAUUACCACUGAAUUUUCCUGGUCUUUAUAAAGUUAUGGCAGAUAAAACACCAUAUGACAGCAUUGAAGAAAUUACAAGAAAAGUCUCUAUCGGGCCAACAAGAUUUGGCCAUCCAUGUUUCUACAGCCCCGAGGACAUAAAAUUGGCAAACCUCACUAUCAAACAUGGUGAGCACAUCACCUUCAACUCAGUGGAAGAGACCAGUGGAACAAUGGCUGUGAACUGUGUUGUGGUCAGAAACAACCAGUCUUAUUCCUUUACUUUGCCCCUUUCACAAGAAGGAAAAUUCUAUGAGUGUGAAGAUGACCAGAUAUACACCUUAAAAGAGAUUGCAGAAUGGAAAAUCCCUAAGUGCAGAAACAGGAUUGUCAAACUUUCCAGUACUAUACAUAUGUGGGACUUCUCUAAUCCACUUCCUGAGAAUUUUGAUGGCUGCUUGGUUCUUACGCCUGUCUAUGAAGUGCAGGCAGUAAUGAAAUUUCGAAAGGACAUAGUUCAUAUCCUCUCAGAUCUAGAUGUCGAGGUCAAGGAUAUAACAGACUGUUAUGAUAUUAGCUCUUUCCUUCAGCCACUGUCUUUGGAAGAUGUAUUUGAGAGAACAAGCAAGGAAUUUCCUAUGGUUGCUGAGAUAAUGGAAGGGCCUUCAGAAAAUCAAAAACCUUUUAAAUUUCUGGAUACAGGGAAUGAGAUCAUUAUCUACAAAAAGUACCAGACAACAAGAGUUCUAGCCUCAGAGAUCAGAAGUGAUUCCCCCAAAAGAUAUUUUUUAAUCCCUAUGAGCUAUAAAGGAAGGUUCAAAAGAAGACCUCGGGAGUUUCCUACUGCCUAUGACUUAGAGAUAGCAAGAAGUGAAAAGGAACAACUUCAUGUCGUAGCAACUAAAGCCUUUGAUUCCCCUCAUAAAGAGCUUUUCUCUGUUUCAGUUGGAGAUCAGUUUCUAGUUCAGCAAUGCCAGACUAGUGAAGUUCUGUAUGAGGGAAGAAAGAAACUUAUAGAUGUUUUAGCUUGUGAACAAAUACUAGGUGAUACAUAUAAGAAAGUUCUCCUCCCUAUGUAUAUGGAAGGUAGAUUUGUAGAAGUGAUUCAUGACAAGAAACAGUACCAGCUUCCUGAGAUUUGCAAAGAAUUUCGAUUGCCUUUUAACGUCAAAGUGUCUGUGAGAGACCUUUCCAUUGAGGAAGAUGUCGUGGCUGCCAUGCCUGGUCUGCAGUUUGAAGAAGAAAUCACAGACUCUUAUUUGCUGAUCAGUAGUGCCAGCAAUCCAGUAGAGAGCUGGGAGAUUCCUGUAGGUCGUUUAAACAUGUCCGUCCAUUUGCUCAGCAAAGAUGUCCACACAGUUGUGCCUCCUGUGACUAAGACAAAAGUGGAAGAGAUCAGUGAAGAGCAAUACUAUAUGGUGCGAAGAUAUGAAAACCAAACCCUUCGUUCACCACCAAGGCCUCCUAAAAAGCCAACGUUUUCACCAAAGCCUGGUUUUGCAGUACCUAAGCAAGGUGUGACUGAUGUCCUACAAGCUCCAAAGAAUUUCUGUGUCGACACCACCAAGAAAUUGUGCUCGAAUCAAGCUGCUGAUGUUUUGGAAUUACAGGUUAGUUGUCAAAAGGAUUUGGUGCAUCAUGACAAUAAGAAGGACAUGACUGGAAAUGCUACAUCAGUGGAAACCAGUGUGAUUAAAGGCCUAACAAAUCAGGCACUUGGCAAUUGUGAGGCAGAAGAGGAUGAGGAAGAAGAGCACAGCUACAACUAUGUUGAUGAAAGCAUAAUUGAAAACAUAAAUAAAGUAUUUCAGGACUCCACCAUUAGAAAUAAGCAUGCAGUCUCUGAAGGAAGAAGGUGA